UAUUGAAAUACAUCCGCCGACUUUUGACGCGAGUUCUCUUCCAAUUCCUUUCGUUUCUCGGACUUCUCUCUCUUAUCUACACGAGAAUAAUUCUUAGCUGCAGUUGCAAGCAUAUUCUGUGGUUAUUGCUUUAGAUCAUGGCGGAUAAUCCUAAAUCUACCGUAUAUAUUGGAAACCUGGAUGAGAGAGUUAGUGAUAGGGUGUUGUAUGACAUUCUAAUUCAGGCAGGUUGGGUAGUAGAUUUAUAUAUCCCCCGAGACAGGGAGACUGAUAAACCAAAAGGGUAUGCUUUUGCGGAAUAUGAAUCCGAUGAGGUAGCUGAGUAUGCUGUCAAGCUUUUCUCUGGUCUUGUAACUCUUUACAAAAGGACAUUGAAGUUUGCGAUUUCCGGACAAGACAGACCCUCUGCUUCCCUUUCAACCCCACCAGCAAAUGUUUCUUCUGCCAAACAAAGGCAGUACCACAAGAAUACAGAACCUUACUCACAUUCUCCGAGGUUAUUAGCAUCAUGUCAGCUUUCAGAGCGUAAGACUACUUAUCCAGAAGUUCUCCCUGAUAUAUCUAUGCACCGAUCUAGUGGGUAUAGAUCAUACCAUGACAGCACCGAAUAUGAUUACAGUCGAAGAGUGUUUGGUUCGGUGUUGGAUAGUGUUAGUCGUGGUAGCUCGAGACGUUAUGAUGUGCGUGAUUCAUUGAAUCGUGAUCGGUAUUACUGAUUAUCUAUUUGAAUUGAUAGAGACUAACUCUGGUAGUUAGUCUAUGUCUAACUAUAAAGUGAUGUAGCACUUGACCCAGUAGGGAGAUGGCUCCUCUGUACAAUUAUUUAAUUCCAUCCUUCGUAUGUGGUUCAUAUGUCUCGAAUGGUGAACAUGCUAGUUAAUUUGUACUUCAGUUAUGUUGUGAACUUGAAACAUGUGUGAAGUUCAUCGCGCCACGCAUGAUAGUUGCUUGGUAUUAGUGUAUGAAGUGUUCUUGUCUCUUAAGUCUUAACUUGUUUGGUGUGUUUUGGGCUCCUGUGAUUGGCUGAAGGGACCAUAUAAUUCUGUAUAUGGGUGAUUGUUGUUGAUCUGCCCUUUAUAGAUUGUGGUUUGCAGUGUGUAAAUUUUAGUGUGCAAAUUGUAGUUGGUGUGGUGCAAUUAAUGGUAGAAGGUGAUGAGAGCAACAACCAUGUUGAUGUUGAAGAAGGUGAAAUUCCUUGCACAGAUUGAUGACAUCAAAUCUGCAGCUAUCUGUUACCCAGGUUUUGCAGCCAGCCAGAGACAUCAAAUAAAAAAUAUAGAAAUUUGUUGCUUUAUUCUUUUACACUUUACACCAUGAAUCUCAUAACUCACUAAGUCAAUUCUUUAAAUUGUAAUCACAUUUACUUGUAUAUUCCGAUUCAAUGCACAAUUUUCACAA